AUGGCCACCCCUAAUCCAUCCAUCCACCACCUCAUCUCGUUUUACAACAACAACCAGACAAUCAUCCAGCCAGCAGCAUUCAGCGAGCCAGAAAAGAAACUGAUCGAGCGCCCAGCCGAAGAGUGCUAUCAGAUCGACCUGCAACAAUGGCUCAGCUUGGGCCAACCCCAGCCUACAGCUGCACAAACACAGGCGAAGAAGGAACAGGAAGCCGGAACUAUCGACCUCGGCUGCUUCAGGAAGGCCAUCCAAGCCCUCUGGGCCACCCUUAUCCACCAACAUUAUCCCCACCAUCCCUCCCACCACCAGCACUCUUACUACGACACCCAUAACCAGAAGAUCACCCUCCCCGGAGCCAUUGUCCGCGCCGUCUGGACCCGCUCAGGCUUGGACAUGCCCACCCUGGCCCAGAUCUGGGAGUCCGUCGAUGGCGCGAAGCGGGGACAGCUGACCUUCGAGCAGUUCCUGAUGGGCACAUACCAGAUCACGAAGAUGCGGCGCAAGCGCGGGCUGUGGCCUGGCGGACGAGCGACGCCGCCGACGAGCACGGGAGUCGCGGCGCCUCGGACGCCCGCCGGCCGCAGGACGCCCCCGCUCUUUAAACACAUCGAGUCUCCGACGAUCAACUUUGUUUACGCAUUAUAA